UCGGCGUUCGAGUUGCUGUGUCUACAUCGACUUCGACUGGGUGUGCUCUAUCCGCUUUCGAUGCUCUUGUUUGGUUGUGGAUGACUGUUCUAUUGCUGCGUCUUCAGCUUCGGACGCCAGUCCAGGGCAUAGUGAGGGGCGGGGAGCCGUGACAAAUGAGACACAAAUGCACACAUAGAGAGGCCCACAAUCACCCUCAUAUGCAGAGAAAGAGAGAAAAACGGGGAAAGGGCGCACAAGGAGGAUCGAAGACUCACCAUCAUACACAUACGCACACACUCAUACACGAAAGCUGCUUCGAUUUUGGUUCUACUCAUCUGGGUGGAACAGGGGCUGCUGUAGUGAAAAUCUAUAUAACUCUCACACACACAAAGAUAGAUAGAUAGAUAGAUAGAUAGAGAGAGAGAGAGAAAGAGAGAGAGAGAGAGAGAGAGAGAGAGAGAGAGUCGCACAACAAGAAGCAACACAUACUCCACACACACACAGAAAGAGAGAGAGAGAGAGAGAGAGAGAGAGAGAGAGAGAGAGAGAGAGAUGGUGGCAGUAAGUGAUGCAUGGGAUGACAGUGUUCUGCUGCGGGCAUGCAAUGCAGCCGUCAAAAAGUACAUCUCUAUGCAUUCGGGCUCAAAGAAGGCGACUGACGAUGCUGCAGUUGAGGCAGCAGCACUGGACUCAGUAUCUGCAGUGCAGAGCAGGCAAGGGGCAAGUUCAGUUGCGGAAGACUCCAGCGGAGUAGGGGGAGUUGCCAUAUGCGAAUCGUCAGUGGCUGUAAAUGAAACGAAGGGGUCUUCAGGUGCAGUGCCCUCGCCUGUAGACGGUCCAGCUCCUGCAGCCUCGGAAACAUCAGCUCCUGGAGAACCAGGGACCUCUGCACCAGCUGGAACUGGUCCUAAAGGUCCUCCCUGCGAUUCUCAGCACGAGGGAAUGGCAGGGCAUGAGCUCGGUUCUUUGCCUGCUCAUGCUGUUCAGCAGCACAUCUCCUCCCGAGAGGGUAAUGUCCCGCAUAUUCCUGCUAACGGUGGAAGUCCGGCACACGAGGUAGUGGAACAGAAGGCGAGCCCUGCUGGUAGCAUAUCAAGGGACGACAUCCCUGUAGCUGGUCUGCGAUCAGAUGACAAUGGAAAGGUGGAAGCCGCGUGGGAUCCACUUGCAUCUGUGGCAGCUGUGUCAAAAGCAAGUGACGCGACAAUAUUGAGUGAAGGGACUCUAAGAACUGCAGGCCAAACACAGAGCUUCCAAGAACAGUGCAAAGACGAGCAUGUGAAUCCGGGGAGUCCCCGCUUUGACAAUCGGCAAGGUGACGGAGAGACAGAGGCCAUCUGCAGCACGUACAACACGUACCAAAACUUGCUCAUACCACCUCGUUCUCCUCCAUCCGCACCACCAUUGUAUGAUCCCCCUCCUUCGUCCACCGCGUAUUCUGCAUGUCAGCUUGGAGCAAGUGCAAGCUCACAUGCGACAUACCGUCUGCAGUCGUCUACCAGCGAUCCAUCGUCGGCUGCGGAGGUUCAGCUGGCGUCAGGCGCGUGGAGUUCGCCUCAAGGAGGAGACCAAAACUGACCAUCCAGUACGAUCAUCCCACAUGUUCUAUGAGCCAUAUUCAUCGCUGUCGGACAUGUUGCACUUGCCUCUGGUGAAUCAGAACGCAGCUGCGCACCACCAACACCAGAACGCAGCUGCGCAUUUCCAACA